AUGACUGACCUUCAGCUGGAUCCUGCUAUAGAGAGAUGGAAUUAUAUGCGAGAAAACGUCUAUCAGACUUUCAAAUUUACCAGAAGGGCCACACGACAUAUCUUCAUAUUGGCGGGUUUGGCACCUGCCAGCAUCGCCCUUAUCGCAUGGUCCAAUGAUGCAAAAUACGAUUGGGCGGGUAAACUCCGAGGCUCAUCUUUGCUAUCUAAACCACCAGCGAAAGAAUAG